GCACAUUGCACCCCUGCAACACACCCCGCCAUGACAUCUCCCGCAGAGUUCAAUGGCUGGCUAGGCCUCGACAAAACCGCCGCCCAGGGCAACAUGAAGUGGUCCUCGUUCAAGCCCAAGCCCUUCACCGACAUUGACGUCGACAUCAAAAUCUCCCAUUGCGGCAUCUGCGGCAGCGACAUUCACACGCUGCGCUCCGGCUGGGGCUCCACACACUAUCCCACGUGCGUAGGGCAUGAAAUUGUUGGGCACGUCGUUCGUGUUGGAGACAAGGUCACCAAACUCGCACUGGGCGACAGGGUCGGCGUCGGCGCCCAGGCUUUUAGCUGUCUCAAAGACGACUGUGAAGAAUGCCGCGCUGGUCUCGAACAGUACUGCACCCGCACCGUCAACACGUACAAUUCAAAAUACCCCGACGGAAGCUGGAGCAUGGGUGGCUAUGCAGACCAUGUUCGCGUACCCGCGCACUUUGCCAUCAAGAUUCCCGCAGCGCUCAAGAGCGAAGACGCAGCCCCCAUGAUGUGCGGAGGCAUCACCGUCUACUCGCCGCUCAAGACAAAUGGCGCAGGCCCGGGCAAGAAAGUCGGUAUAGUCGGCGUCGGCGGUCUGGGCCAUUUCGGCAUCUUGUUCGCAAAGGCGCUAGGCUGCGACAAGGUCGUCGCCAUCAGCCGGAAGAGAAACAAGGUCCAGGAUGCAAAGGCCAUGGGCGCCACUGACUACAUUGCAACGGCAGAAGACGACAAAUGGGCGCGCAAACACAGUCGCUCACUCGACCUCAUCAUCAGCACCGUCUCGUCACCAGACAUGCCUCUCGAAUCCUACCUGCGACUGCUCCGCACAGGCGGCUCUUUCAUCCAAGUCGGUGCCCCAGAGGACAAACUGCCGCAAAUUUCCGCAUUCGGCUUGAUUGGAAAAGGAUGCAAGAUUGGGGGAAGCUCGGUUGGUAGCCCUGGCGACAUUGAAGAAAUGCUCAACUUUGCUGCUGAGAAAGGUAUCAAACCCUGGGUGCAAAAGCGCAACAUGAAGGAUGCGAACAAGUGUAUCGUCGAUAUGGAGGAGGGACAUGCGCGGUACCGCUAUGUACUAGUUAAUACCGACAACGCGGACCGAGCGAGAAUGUGAGAGCUUUCUUCAAGCUUCUCCCUGUAACCCGGCCUUGCGGUUGGCGAAUCAUGAUUGUUUUGUUAGCAUUUACAGCUACAUAUGCCUUACACUCAACAAUCCAACCACAAAAACGACCCCGUGGUUCCGUCGAAUUCUAC